CUCCUUGUCUUCCUCUUAGGGUUCCUAGUUCCACCAGAGAUCCCAGCACCAUGCCUCCCAAGAAGCCUGAGCCCAAGAAGGAGGCAGCCAAGGCAGCCCCAGCUCCUGCCCCUGCUCCAGCUCCUGCCCCAGCUCCAGAAGCCCCCAAGGAACCUGCCUUCGACCCAAAGAGUGUGAAGCCAUUAUCUUUCUCUGCAGAGUUCAAGGAGGCUUUCUCGUUGUUUGAUCGGACACCAACUGGAGAGAUGAAGAUCACCUAUGGACAGUGUGGGGAUGUGCUGCGUGCCCUGGGCCAGAACCCCACCAAUGCUGAAGUCCUUCGGGUACUGGGCAAGCCUAAGCCUGAAGAGAUGAAUGCCAAAAUGCUGGACUUUGAGACGUUCCUGCCCAUUCUACAGCAUAUCUCCCGCAACAAGGACCAGGGGACCUAUGAGGACUUUGUGGAGGGACUUCGAGUCUUUGACAAGGAGAGUAAUGGCACUGUCAUGGGUGCUGAGCUGCGUCAUGUCCUUGCCACACUAGGUGAGAAGAUGACUGAAUCUGAAGUGGAACAACUGAUGGCUGGACAGGAGGAUGCCAAUGGCUGCAUUAACUAUGAAGCCUUUGUCAAACACAUCAUGUCUGGAUGAAUGGAGACCGUCAGGGUGCAAGGUGGUCUUUUAUUGCUGAUGCUAAAUCAGGACUUAUUGAACUCUCAGAAGAACAGUGGAACUGGAGUCAGAGGGACCCAGGCCUGUCAUCCUAUCACAGUUAUGAGAAGCCCUUUCAGCUUCACAGCCACCUUUGUAAAUAAACAACCAGGCACUGUCCUGGAUAACAGCU